GGCGAAACCGUAAAUAACAACAAAAAAAGGUGCUUUCUUUUCUUCUCAGUUCUCUCUGGACAUCUCCAGAGACCCCAGGAAAUAUCUCCAUAAACACUGUUUCUCCUCUCUUAUAGCAUAAUAAUAAUUAAAAAAAACAAAGCAACAAAACAUCAAACGCUUUGCGUACAAAGCACAAAAUCAAUCUAAAGGCUCACAAACAAUGGAUGGAGUUGCUCCAUACUUGUCGUCGUCGUCAUCUUCUUCUUCGUUGAAGAUAUUGAAGAGAAAAGAAGUGGAUGAAGUCAGUGAUGAUUUCUCCGAUUUCUCCCUUUCCGCUCCUGCUCGCAAGACUCGCCGUCUCGUUCUGGAUGCUGAGCUGCCGACGAUUAUAGAGGAAGAAGAGGGAUCAAUGAUGCCGGGUGAGUUCGGUGAAGAAGAAGGGGACUGUGGUUUGAUUAGCAAUGAGCAGAGGAAGAACCAGGGAGUGCAGAUAGAGGAAUUGGUCAUGCCAGAAUCAUCAUCAGCAACUUCUGAUAACGAAGAGAGGGCUAUUGUUUUAUUCAAGCCUGUUAAUAACCUUCACUUGCUGCAUCGUUCUCCUAAUAAUUUCUCUGUUUCUCUUGAUUCCAACAUCAUUUCUGGCUUCAGAAAUCAAUUUCUAUGGUCAAGCCAAUCUGGUGGAGUAAGAUCUGUUGAAGAAGAGGAGGCAGGGGCAAGAAGGGAUAACAGCAUGGCUGUUGUGCCUUGGGUUCCUUCUCAAACUCAGCCUGCUUUUUUGCAAGAAAUAAUGUAUAGUAAUGCUAGUGUGCCACAAACUGAGCUGAUGGAUUCUGAAGAAAUGGGAGAAGCAGCAAUGGAUAUUGAAGAAGACAAUAAUGAUCAAAAUAAUAGUGGAAGUGUAGGGCUAGGACAAGCACAAGGGAACCAGGCAUUUGGAUUUGGUGGAAUAAGAGCAGGGAGUGAUGGCCUCCCUCAGUGGCAGCAACAGCAUUGCUUGGUGCCGCAGAUUCCUCAAAAUCCUAACCCAACUCCUGUUACUUGGCUCCCGUAAAGUGGGCUUGUUGGUUUUAGCACUGGCCUCCAUUUUUUGUAAGUUUUGUUCUCUGGAGUGCAAUGAAAGCAGUGUUAGAUUUGGGAAUGAAGAAUGUAUAUGAUGGGGGCGUGAGGAGACUAUUAGAAAGUGUUCCUCUUGUUUUCUUUGCUUUUUUGGGGACCCACUUUGUUUUGGUUCUUGGGGAACUAACAGUUAUGAUGAGGUUGUGAGGGUUUCUUUUCUGGAUGACAAGCUUAUUGUAGGAAGGAAGUUGAGAUGAAAUAGUAAAAUGUUAAUGGUCUGGAGUU